AUGCCACUCUAUGAAAUUGCUUUGGCUUUGGGACUGAUAUUGAUUGCCACGCUUGUGUUUUGUGCCCUAUCCAUCUAUCACCAAUACAAACAAGUAAAACACAUACCUGGUGUGUGGCAGUUGGCAUUCUCUCCUUUCCGAAUUCCCAUUGUGUCUGAAUAUCUUUAUUUCGGAUCACACAACGUCAUUGACAAGGUAAUGAACGAGAAGGGUGAUCCUAAAACCAAGACCAUACGAAUUUCCAUGUUGGAUCGAAACGUGGUGGUCGUGAGUGACAAACAAAUGCUCAAAGAAAUGUUAAUUGUCAAGGGAAAUAACUUUUUGAAACCCAAGAUUGCCUACGAAUCUUUCAACAUUUUUGGGCAAAACAUUCUUUCUAUUUUAGAUGCGAAUAGUGAGGCCUGGAAAAAUCAUCAUCGUGUCGCGUCAGGUGCUUUUGCUUCGAAGAAUUUAGAAUAUAUGAGUUCAGUGGCUUCCAACAGUGUCGAUUUGAUUCGAAGUACCAAAUGGGAUAAAGAAAUUGAGGCAAGCAAGACAAAGAGUAUUAUUAUUGAUUCGAAUGGUGAUUUCUCAGAUAUUACUUUGGAUGUUUUAGGAAAGGCUGGUUUUGGUUUGGAUUUCUCCAUUUUCGAUCAAGUCAGUAAGGAAGGAAGAAAUUUCAGAAAAGCUCUCGAGCUCAUGUUCACCACAGGUAUCAUUGCACGUCGAUUCCUUGUACAGAAUUCUCUCGUUUCAUGGCUUUAUCCCAUUCUUUCCAAAUGGACAGGUCUCGAUCAUGCCACAUCACUCGGAAUGGCUGAUUUAUCUUCGGCUUCAGAGUCCAACUCUGAGGAACGAAAGGACUUGCUCAGUGUGUUAGUCGAGGCCAAUAUCAAUGAAAAGGGUCUUUUGAAUGAUGAAGAAUUGAAAUCGGAUGCUUUCAUCUUUUCAUUGGCAGGACAUGAAACAACCUCAACGGCUCUACAGUGGACAUGUUAUGAAUUAUCGAAAAAUCCUCAUAUUCAACAACGUGCUCGUGACGAAGUGGAUCGAUUGUUAGGAAAGGGUGUGAAUGCUCGUUCGCCCAACUUUGAAGAUUAUGCUCAAUUGCAUUAUGUGAAUGCAGUGAUUAUGGAAUCGAUGAGAUUGCAUCCACCAGUGGUGAACGUGAUUCGAAUGGCAAAGAAGACCACAGAAGUUGGAGGAAUCGUCAUUCCAAAAGAUUCUACAGUGAUUGUGCAGAUUUAUGGAGCAAAUCGAAGUGAAAAGAAUUGGGAACGACCUUUGGAGUUUAAUCCAGAACGAUUUCCAAUGAACUCUGAAGAACAAGCCAAGAUUCAACACGACUUUUCAUGGAUUCCCUUCUCAGCUGGUAAUCGAAAAUGUAUUGGAUUUAAAUUUGCACUCAUUGAGGCAUGUACCAUCUUGUCUCGAAUUUUACAAUUUUAUACAUUGGAAUUGGGUAAUGACGAAUCGAAUCCUCAAGAUCAAGUGCAUGAUGUUCCAGGUGUCACUGUUCGCCCAGGAAACUUGAAAGUCAUUCUCAAGCAUAGAACAGAUUUGUAA